AUGAGUAGCCCAGAGGGUGAAGUAACAAACCAGCAGGUCCACGAGCUACUGAAAAAUGUAUUAGACAAAAAUAUCGAAAUAAAACCAGAAAUUAUCGAUAACAAAAUGGCCAUAACCCAAGAAAUUCAUGAGCUGCGAAAAGAUUUUAAUGUAGAACUUUCAAAAUUGAAACCGGAGAAUAAAGACCUUAGAGAUGAAAACAAAGAACUAAGAAGAAAUAAACUUGAAGUUGUUUUCCGGAGGCUCCGGAAAUUCAAUAUCAUUAUUUAUGGUCUAAAAGGGAGUAACAGACGGAAUGACAUCAAACACGCAUUGCAGGUGUUUAAUCAAACCCUGAAUGUUCCAUGCACUGAUCGGGACUUAAGAGAUUUCUAUAGAGUUGGUACAGCAGUUGAAGAACGGGUUGGACCAUUUCUGAUUGAAAUAAUAUCCUAUCAACUGAAACUCGAUAUAUUUGCAAACGUGAAAAAGUUAAAAGGAAGUGGUCUGUAUAUAGCUAAUGACUACAAUUCAUCAGAUUAUGGAAAUUGA